AUGGCACAAGAUGAAAAUCUAAAAACAUCGUCAUAUGAUGCGUUAAAGGACUUACUUAAUAAGCAACAACAGACUGAAACUUCCUCUUCUAAUGAUCAUGACUCCUCAAGUGUAGUUGAGCGUGACGGAGAAGAAGCGACAGAAGAAUCGAGUGCAAACGAGGAAAACGAUGCAAUGGAUUAUCAGAAUUCUUUUUUGCAACGAAUACUGCCAAUACAAAUUGAUUGUGAACGUGGAGCAAUAAUUGCUGGUAAUGCUCAUGUGCCAUCAAUUCUGGUGGCUGAAUUUGUUCAGGCAAGCGGAAUAUAUGCUGCUGUGAGGUACAUAAUUCAUAUUGGACUUUUUAAUAGUGUAGGAAGAAAAAGCAGCGGAUUUUUCUCAAAGAUUCUUAAAUAUCUACCUUUUCUUUCCGACGGAAGAGAAAACGAUAUGACGGAAUGGCAUGGACUUCCUAGAUAUCCUUCUUAUUUAAUUAAUAACCUUCCAACAAUUCCGAUACCAGAUGCAGCUGACGAAUAUGCUAAAGUUCCUAUCAUACUAGAUUGUGUAGAACUGGAUAUGAACUAUUAUGUAGAUGUAGCAGGCAAAGUUCCUCGGAUACCAGUGCCAAUUGACAAUACGGAAGAAUUAGAAAUCGGAAAUGGGGAUUUAGCGCCCGAAUGGGGCAUCGACCUCUCUGUUAGUGGUGGGACAGUGAAUUAUGGUCCCUGGGCUGAUCGCCAGAGGCAUGCAAAUUUUUUCUUCCCGCCUUUAUAUCGAUCGUCUGUAAAAACAAAACAACUUGAAUCUGGACAAGAACGAUUACACACAAUGCUUAAAUUUCUCGUUCAAUUUGACACAGAUACAACAUUAAGGAUUCUGACGAGAGAAACUUCAAAGGACUGGAUUUUUGCAAAAGACGAUGACAGUGAAGAUGACGCUCGGCCUGCUAAUAAUAAUAGAGAACACGGUUGGCUAGAAACGACUGUUGGAGAAUCUUCGACGAUAAAACUAUCGUUGCCAAUGAUUUUUGAUGAGAACGGGUAUACGAAUAAGGUGGAUAUUCGAUUCAGUCAAAUCACGGUGCAAACAAGUGUCAAUUAUUCUAACCUACUUACAGCUGAGAAUUGUAAGAUAAAAUGUGACCUUCAAAAUCCAUUAAGAUGGAACCAGGCUCGUCAAUGGAUAUUCAACAUUGAUCUUGACAAACAAAAAAUAUUUUUGCUACGUGAUCACAUCACCUUAUUUCAAGACUUAGCAAAAGAUUGGACUUCCGGUCCAUCGGUGGAUCUUUUACAUUUUAUCCCAAUGGAAUAUACCAUCAAUAUCGGAUCGAAGGAUAUCGAGUUGUAUCUUUAUGUGAAUGAGCAUAAUAUCAUAGAUGUUCCGGCAGAUAUUGAUGAUAAUGCUUUUUUCAUUAUCUGUAGUAAAAAACUGACGUCUACAGUGGUAUUACCUUUUCUGAACUAUGAACAUGAAAUAACAAAGAUCCCAUUCAAUGUUGAGGUUACGCCGGGCUCAGUUUUAAUGUCUCCACAAACAUCUCAGUCACUUGGUGCAUUCCUUGCGGAAAAUGGCAAGGAUUUUCUGGAUUUGGAUAAUUUCAGUAUCGAAGGCAUUUACCAGUAUUACAGUUUCGUUGAUCCGAAUCAUAUUGAAUCGCUUUCGAUGAAGAUGUUUUUGAAGAAAGCCAAGCUGAAACUUUUUGGAUUUGUUAUUCGCUAUGUUCUUAAUCUCCAAGAAAACUACUUUGGAAAUUAUAUAAAUUUUACAACGCUAGAAGAGUACCGGCUACGACGAAAUGGAAAUGGCAAAACGCAGCAGGAAUUAGAUCAACAAAGGUUGGCCGCAAAGCCUCUUGCUGAUCCAUUUGAAGUAUACAUUCAACUUUUCGUCGAGGACGGCACAAUAUGUCUGCCCGAGAACCUAUACACUAGCGACAAUGUGUCAACGAUUCAGUUUCACGAACUGCAACUUGAUUUGCGAAAUAUGGAUCCUUAUAUGGAUAUGGAUCUUACCAUUAGUCCAUUAACAUGGUCAUUCAGUUCUGACUCUAAUACACGAAGAAACACCAUGAAAUCCAAACCACUAUCUUUUAGUGAUAAUUAUUUAUUUAUUGACGAACUCCACAUUUACGCACAUCGUCUAUUCGGUCCAUUGCCGGUACUAGCAACAUAUGUGUGCAAUUGGGAUAUUAAUAUCGGUACAAUUUCUGGACAGCUAAAACCGUCGUUUCUACUGAGUUUAUUUUCAUUUGGAAAAUCUUUCGCGUACCAUCUCGUUGAUGAUGAGAAUGCUUUUCCGAUGCAAUAUGUGGUUAAACUUGAUCCGGAUGUCACUUUUUUGAAUGUUAUUGUUAAAGAGGUUGAUAUCUCAAUAUGGGGACAAGAUAGCGGCUCGCAAUUUCUUCUCAAAGAAGGACUCCAAAUCCAAUUCGAUGACCUCUCCAAUGAAAAAUUCACGCAAAAAGUUGUAUUCAAUAUGCCUGAUCUGGUGAUCAGAAACACGGAAGAUCAUCCGUGGGUUGAGGUCGCGAGUUUUGAGUGUGCUUUUGAUGUUACGCUGUAUCGUACUACUUCUGGGUGGCGAAAACGCGUUCAGGAGCAGCAGGCGUUUCUUAAAGAGCAAGAUCAAAAGACUUUACGCGUUCCAUUUUUGUAUGAUGGAGCAACGGGAAAUAGGGAGAAUGACGAUACUGAUGCAAAUUCUCCAUGGGAUACCGAAAGCAGCCAUUCUUCGGUAAUAAACGACAAUAAUGGUACUGCAGCGUUUCAUGCUCGGAAAAAUAUGAUGGUGUUUGGAAAAAUAUAUGAUUUCUUGGGGCGAAAUGAGAAUUCUGAUGAAGAGCAGGAACACUUGUUGCUUGUUGAUGAUGAUUGUGCCUCCUUAAAUGGAUCAGGAAUUAGCGUCUCAAACUCGUCAUUUGUCACUGCAUCAGAUCGUGAUCUCGACGAAUUCUAUCUUGAAUCAGAAGAUAGUGUUGACAGCGAUGAAACAUUCAUUGACGAUAUUCGAAAUGCAGAAAUAAAUAUUGGUAGAGAUGCUGCUAGCGAAGAUGAAGAAUACCAAAAAAGUUCAGAUUCGUCUUUACCGGAAACUACGGCGACCUUCCCUAUCUCUCCUUCAAUACCAAGAUCAAUUCCAUAUGGAAGUUCCCUAAGACGAUACCGAAUUAGUGCAAAAAAAUAUUUUGCUAAUUUUUCGAGCUCUUAUCUUCGCCCUUUUCGUGCGGAAUUUGUGCCUGCACGGGAAGUUGAACCAUUAUUAAUCGACGAAGAAAAUAGUCAAAGUUUCAAAUCUUCACCGUUCUCAAAAAAUAAAAGUGCUGCAACUGAUGAAUCACCAGAAGAAACUCUUUCUGAUGAUACUACUACUAUGACACCAACAUUAUCAAACGAGGAUAACGAAACAAAAAUGACAAUUGUUUUUGAGUCCACAAAAUCUGUUAAAAUUUUGUUGACACCCAUCUUUUUGAAAAUUGUUCAAGAAAUUUUGGAAGCCGUGAAAAGUGAGCAUUGGAACCUUGAGUCUAUGCUUGAUUAUAUACAGGUCGAUUAUGUUGGAGACCUUACAAAAUUAUUUCCCUUCAAAUACACAACAACUCAAUUCGCAAUAUCGAUACCACGUGUUCAGCUUCACUUCAUCCAAGAUGUAAUGUUGCCCGAUGAUCUCACAAAUGUGAGCGACGAAUAUGCAAGCAUUAGAACAAGAUACGACUUAACAGACACAGUACUUUGCGCAGCUGACAUAGUAUUCGAGCAAAGUUUAAUUACGGGUUUAAUGAAAUUCGAAGACACGAGUUUUCAUGUAAAGGACAAGAGUAAGAAUUUCGAGCAUACCUUAAAACUUGUGGAUUCAAGAAUGUGUCUAGAUUUUGAGGCUUUGAAGCUCAAUGUGCAUUUUGUUGCUGGAUCGAAUCCUAUUGGAAUUUUUGGGAUACCGCAAACAUCGCACCAUUUCAAAAAUUCCAGUUUUAGUUCCGAACCUGUGUCAAAUGAGCCAGUGGUGCUUGAUAUCUUUUUGGAUCAUGUAAAAGUGAAGUUGACGGGUAACACGCAACCAACUUAUUUUUCACUAGAUAUGGGAAAUUUCACCACAAUUUUUAUAAGCCAAUCUGUCGAAAUAUUGACGGGCGCAAUAUAUUCGUGGCUACUUUUUGCCGAUGAUCUUUCAAUUAUUCUAAAUUCUUUUCAAAAUAGGGCCAAAAAACAACUACAGAAAUUAAUAUAUGAAAUUGCGCUUUUUUCAGAUGAACGUCCUAUUGAGAAUGAUCCUCCUUAUUUAACACGAUCAUCAAUUGUUCUUCGGCUGGGUGCCACGAAUUUCAAGAAUGAUGACGGCUGGAAAAUCCUCGUCCGUAUUAGAUACUGCAAACGAUUCAUGCCACCAGAAUCCCUUGAUCAAUUACAAGCCACACUUACCUCUGGUGAUCUAUCAACCGUUGAUCCAACACAAAUGUUUAACAAAGUGCAGGAAGUUUUCUCGAAAUGGCGACAUUGGGAACUGGGAAAUCUCUCAAAUUCGCGUCUUUUUACAAAAUUAUUUGAACAAUGUGUCAGUAAUGAAGGCAGGGGUACAUCAGAUGUAUUGACUGAAAUUCAACAAUUUCUCACUAGUUCCUCAAGAUUUGUUCAUAUACGGAUUAAUUUGAUUGCUGUCUCUAAUAUAGAGGAACAAUGUCAAAAUUCGGUGACUAUUGGACCAAUUGAAGUUGAUUUUGAAUGUCAUUAUCGUACUGAUGGCAUUCCUCCUUCUGAGUUCUAUCAGGCUAAUAAUUCAGAUUCGAGAAAAAGUAAUGAAAGUAAUGAAAAUAUAGUUGUGGGACAAGAUGAAAAAAAUGUGGUCCCCGCUGGCUAUCUGAAUGUCAUAUUCAGAUUUAAUUCGAAAAAGAUUAAUGUGAAUGUGAAUCCUGAAAUGCUGGCAUUCGCUAAACAUUGUCUCAAAGUACAACGGGUAUACACUUCAAAAUUUAAAUAUCUUUCGCACAAGAAUAAGAAUAGCGUCUCAGUUUGUGUUGAGCCUGGUAGUAGUUCUUCAUUAGGAUUUAGUCUUAAUGCUUUAUUAUCCAGAAUCGAAAUUGUGGCGCAUGGAAUUUUUACUCUUCAGACGAUCGCAGUUACAGCAUCCGCGCAGAAUCUUGAGGCACAUGCUCAAUUAUCAAAUUUCAAUGUCACUUCUUUAUUUUAUAACCCACGAACUAUAAAUACUAUUGACAAAGCUGAAUUAGAAAAUGCAUCGUUAAAUCGAAGCUCAAUUCACCCUGGAUCACGUGGAAGUGGAGGACGUAGUUCGAGUAAAUUGAUUUUUUCUACUGUUGGCGGAAUUGAAAAUAUCACAAUGAGUAUUAAGGAGAGACUUUAUUCGAGUUCAAGUAGCAACACGUUAAUUUCGGUUGAAUUUUCGGGAAUCGGGACCAAUGUCGCACUCGUGCGUCAAUAUUCACCACAAUUAAUUCAAAAGAACGAUCCCAAAAGAGAAUCACUGAAUAUUUUUGUGAAAUUUCAAACGAUUUCGGUUCGUGCACCUCAAAGCCUAUUGAAAUUGUAUACAUUUGUUGAAAAAUGGCGUGAAGAAAAUCUGCCAAGUUAUGAUUUCCUUUUCAAACGUUUAAUGGAUGAAUGGGAAGAACAACGAAAAACUACCACAACUCAUGCUAAAAAACAGUAUCCCCAUCAUUCUACUCCCUACAUUUCAAAAAACAAAAAAAUGGAAAUGAAAUUUCAAUUUUUAUUGAAAAAAUUCUCUUUUCAAUCACAUUUACUUCCUUCUUUACGGUUCCAUUAUGAUGCAUGGGAUUUAUUCUUUUUAUUACAUCAAAAACCGACGCUACAUGACAUGAUUCAUAUGGAUUAUUACGGACAGUUGACCAAGCAGGAGAUUCGUUUCGUGACGCGUCAUCGACACAAAAACAAAUCUGCUGCGGGGAUACCUAUUGUAGAUGAAUCAAAUGAAGAUCAGCAACAAGCUGCCUUUACGAUACCUGCCAUCAGGACUACGGGAAUGAUCCGUCCAUAUGAACAAAGAAAAAGUGGAAUGGCUAAGAAAGCAAUCUCUUCGCCAAAAUAUUCAAAACUCGAGGCAUCGGUUACUUUGGAUCUGGUCAAAUUAAAAUUAAAUGUUAAUAUAAUUGAUCAUUUACUCACAGCUCAAUCGUUGCUUGGAAAUGAAUUGAAUGACGUGUUAGACGUGUUUGCUUUCUCUUCCAAAAAAUUCAAGGAACGUGGGAAUGCUUCAAGAAAUACACCAUUGUCUUCGGCUAAUUCGAGCACGUCAAAAAUGAGCCAAGAUCCUAACGUGAGCAGUAAGAACUUGUUAUGUUCAAUUAAAAUUUCGCUUAGUGGAUUAAGAAUAUCUGCCUCGAGUCCAAAUGCAGUAGGAUUUUUCGAGACAAAUAUAUUGAAUGGACUUAUCACAAAUGUUCACAGUGUUGAUAUAGAAAAAUCAGCAAAAGUGUCAUGGAAGUUCUCUGCACAGAAUUUUUCAUUGUCACUUAAUCACAAUACUGGUUCAGAUUUAGUAGAUGACGAUGUAAGAAAAUUUCGGAUCGCCUAUAUCUUAAUUGAUCUUGUAUUACAAAAUAAUGAAGAUUACGAUUAUUAUAGUAAGCCACGGGAAGCGAUCUCAUCAUCAGAGGAAAAGGAUAGCACUGAAUCUUUCUUUCUCACACUGUCAAAGGUUCAUGCGGUUAUGCAGCCUAUUGCUCUCGGACGUUUGAUGGAUCUUUACGUGUACUAUAGCGGGGAAUUAGAACGUCGAAAAGAACUCAAAGCAUCGGAAAUAAAUCAAUUAUCAAAAAAUACACGUGAAAUCUUAAGAUCUUUGGAUGUUCAGAUUCCAAAGUAUAAAACAAAGAGUAAAUCAUUAUUGGAUGAAAAAGUUCUUUCACUUCGAAUAAAUAGAUUUGCUGUCGCAUUACCACUUGAUCUACGUGAAGAAGGUAUUUCUGCUGCAGCUCAACGGGCAGGUGGAACACAAAUCCCAGCGUUUUUGUUUUCUACAACUUCAAUGGAUUUCAUAACACGAAAAUGGAGAUCUAGUUGUGCUUCUCUUAAAGAGUUAUGUUUUCAAUUUGUCCCACAAUUUGAUCAGAGCAAUGAAGAACAUUUUUCUGCGCAAUCUCAUCCAAAGAUGAAUCGUAUUCAUUACCCAGAAAUCUCGUGUGAAGUACACGCUUUAGGCACCAAAGACAAAAAACAAAUCUUUAUUGAUUCGCGUGUCGAAGGUUUUGAUGUAGAUAUUGGUGGAAAUAUUGUCAAUCAUAUUAAUAGUCUAGGGGAAAUUUAUGCCGCGAGCAGGGAAAGAUUAGAGGCAUUUACAGCUGAGGCGAAUUUAGGUUCUCAAUCUCAACCAAAAGGCAAAGCUAAAGCUACUACAAAAUCCGCAUCGUCGUCUUCUAAAGCCUCAAAAGAAAAUACUCAGAGUAAUUUAGUCGAAUUAGAAAUUAAAGCAAGCUUUACUGCAAAAAGUGGCAACUUGAAGUUGUAUCCUAAAAAUCAUUCCACCAGACAACAAUCGCUAAAGUCAAAUAAAUCAACGGAAAAAUCGAAAUCAUCACGAUCUCGUUCAACUUCAACACAAUUUCCACCACGUCUAAAUCUGGACUUUAUCCCAGCGUCUUCUUACGAUGAACCUUCGAAACAAGCAGAGUCUGGAAUUGAUAUUAUCACAAUCCCUGGUCUAAGUCUGAAUACCACAUACCGAACAGUGAUUGGCCAAGUUCCCGGGUCAUUUCCAGAUGCUUCCAGACGACGGUUGCAUGUUGAGCUUGUUAUACACCCAAGCGAAAAUACCCUAUAUCCCUCACUAGUGCCUUUCAUCAAAGACAUCAUUGAUGGUCUGAAAUUGGGUAUUCAAAAAAGUAGUGACAAAAAAGCCAUCGCGAUUCAAGAUAGUUCACCACCUAUAUACGGAAUGAACAUAACGUGUUAUUUUAAAUUAUCAAGCACAACUUUUAACUUGAGUUGUCAGCCUACAUCAAAAGUUUUUUGUUUUCUCAACUGGGAAGAAGGAAACUUUCUCGUGGUAUCGGACAGCAGUGAUGCGGAUGUACAGAGUAUUACGUGUUUUGGAAAAAUACGAGGUGCCUCUGGUAAUAUACGUCACACUUAUUCACCAGAAGAUUGUCUAAGAACUGAAACGAAAGAUAUGUCAUUCAAUGCCACGUUAAUGAGUCGUCGAACAGAUACAGUUAACGAUGAUUCAAUAUCAAUAAUUGUAGAUUUUCCUCAAAUUACUGCUGAUUUGAAUAUUCGUUAUCUUCAAGAUUUACUACUUCUAAAAACAAUUUGGUUAGACCAAGCAACUAAAUUAUAUGAAGAGACGGUGCAAUACGAAUCUCUAAAGCCAACAAAUCAAGAUACCUCUAAUAUUAGUAAUAAAGAACAAUCAUCAUAUACUCAUGAAGAUUCCGAGAAUAAUACAGCAAAAGCUAAACCUUAUUCAGUGUAUAUUCUCUUGCGCUUAAAGCAAUUAGAUCUAUCCAGUGAUUUAGGUCAAGUAAUUGGUAAAGUACGCUUUAACACACAAAACAUCAGAGUUCGAACUAAGCGAGUUCCGGGUGUUUUAAGAAAAGUAAUAAUAUCCACCGAUCUUCUCGACAUACAAUCAGAAGGACGUCUUCAAGGCUCGGCAACAAUGACUGGUUUGAAUUUCAGCACUUGGCUACGUGUUGCUCCUACUUAUCCAACAAUUGAUAGCACUUCUGUGACUAAAAUACUAUUCGGGACCGAACAAAUACGAUCAUCACUCGAAUAUGAGUAUCAAAAAAUAUUGAUAGUAGAAGUUGACCCUAUGGAACUAAAAAUCACUGAUCAAUGGAACAAUGUAACCUCCGAGAAAGCUCAGGUUUUAAUACAUGCGGAUAUUAUUCUUCGACGUAUUCAAGCGAUAGUUGCUGUAAAAACAAUUCCUAUUUUCAUACAUAUGUCAGAUAAACUGUUGGCAUCGAUUGAGGAAAAAAGACUUUAUGCAGCUAAUGAGAUUUCAAAAUACACUGCUACUGCGUCUAACAAACAAAACCAAACCACGCCUUUAACACCCGCAUUCCCCUCGGCUACGACUGAAGAUAAUAAUUCUCCAGUGUCCGAAUCUAACGAGAAUGAAACUCGAAUCACUUUUCAAGCAUUAAAUAUUGGAGGAAUGUCGGUGCAUCCAGUUGGCAAGAUCACAAUAGCAUUGGAAUUAGCUCAUCUAAUAGUUUUUCCUAACCAUUUCUAUGAUUCUGACUGUGUUCAAACAAAAUCUGAUGUGCUCAAAAUCGAUAUGAAAUGUUCUGCUGACUCGGAGAAACAAGUUUUUCGUGAACUAGUUAUGCAUCUUGAUGGCAUCACUUUAUCAAAGAAUUCUUGCAAAAAGUUAAGUCACAAAGAUGAGAAAGAGUUCAAGUUUCAACAGUGGUUUGAUCAUGUAAAUUCUUCUUCAUCAAAAAAAAUAUUUACAUUACCCAGAACAAAUUUGACCAUGACAACCUCACAAGCAGAAAAUAGUAAAAUUAUUGAUCAUAAGUUCGCUACCGAUUUUGGGGGAAAAGUGGAUGUGGCGCUUAAUUUUGGACUGAUUAGAUAUCUUCAAGAGCUUGUCACGUUAUAUAAGGAACAACUUAAGAAGCAUUCGAUUGGCAUCGGGGAAAAUCCAAAAUCACCAGUUUCAACUUCAACUUCGACUUCGCCUACUAAACAGGGACCAUCCCCUAUAUCGAGUAAAACUAAUGAUCAUUUGACGAAGUCCGCACCUAAGGAUGGAAAGAUGCCAGCACAUCAAAGUGUUACUGAUGAAUCUACUACUGCCAAUACUUCUAGCGGCGCUUCAGAACAAAGGCAGCACACUUUCCGGUAUAACCCACUGGAACCUGUUAAAUUAGAACCACAAUUACGAAUUAUGGGUGAUGCCACACCACCAUUAGAAUGGGUGGGAGUGCAAAGAGCAAAAAUACCCGGAUUUGUUCAUACAAUGGUUAUGAUGAAUCUGGAUGAAGUGUUAACAAUGGUCUAUGAUAUCUACGCUAAAGAAUUACAAGAUUUACGAGCUAAUAAACUCCAUCUAAAGAGGUGA